AUGUUCAGGACUGUAUUCUCAAAGUCUUAUUCCUCCUCUCGUUUGUCUUAUUCUGCCUCUCAAGCCGUAUCUCUUCAAUCUUUUGUUUUUUACAGUGGUGCACGAAGAUAUGCCUCGUCUGAGCCGCAUGCUUCCUCGUCAAGCCCACUUCCAGGCUUUCAACCGGACUCUGCACCUCGACCGGAAAGUAAACAGGCCAAUAAGGUGGACGCUAUCAGUUUGGAGAACAUGAAGGAUCGCUUCCGUGAAAUACUCGAAGGGACGGGUACUUCUUUGCGCCAACGGAUUGACAUCUACACAGCGAGUCUUGCUGUCACGUUCUCGCAACUCGGAGCUGAGAUAAACAAAGUUACGGGGUACGGCGAGAUUGAAGUACUAAAGAGAAAAGUAGCCGAGCAGGAGGCGAGAAUAGAGGCAGCCAGACAGGCGUCAAGAGAGGCCAAAGAGGCGUACGACACAGCCGUUCGUCAGAGAGCAUCUUCUCAGCGCGAGGUUAACGACUUGCUGCAGCGCAAGUCGAGCUGGUCAGACGAGGACGUUACCCGCUUCACUUCGCUUGUCCGUAAGGACCAUCUUUACGAGCAAAAGGAGGCACGAGCGAAGCAAUCCGCUACUCAAUCUGAAGAUGCCGUCGAGCGAGAGUUCAGCGAACUUAUGCGUGUCAUCCUCAAUCGUUAUCAUGAAGAGCAGGCGUGGUCGGACAAGAUUCGUAGCGCGUCAACGUAUGGCUCGCUCGCUGUGAUGGGCGCGAACUUGGCCGUAUUCAUUCUGGCCAUCGUGAUCGUGGAGCCGUGGAAACGACGGAGGCUCGCGCAAACAUUUGAAAGGAAAGUUGAGGAGAUGUCUGCGAACAACUCGGCAGUAUUAGAGAGCAAAACGGAGGAGCUUGCUAAGCGGCUCGGGGACCAGGAUCUGGUACUAUCACAACUUAUGGAGACAAUCCACUACAGCACACAUAUCCCGGAAACCGAUCAGUCGAUAAUCUCUCAAUCUGACAGUGUUGAAGAGUUUAUACCAGGUUCAAUUGAGGCUGGAGUACACACGACAAUGAACCCUGCAGUAGCGAAUUCACCUCUUGCUGCGGACAUUUGGCAAUUCGACCAAGUAUCGACAUCCCAUUUACGCCAACCCCAGCCCUCCUUGAUCUAG